GAGAUGUAGCAGCUGCAGUGCAUUUCGCCGAAGCAUCGCCGUAGCGAGAUUCCCCCGCAUACAAGGCUACCACUGAAUACGCGGGAAAGACAUUGGACAGCACAGGAUCAUGGCCAUUGUGUCAGGGAAGCUGGGCGCCUCGCUGACAGGCAAAGCGACGCCACGCUCGUCCUCGCGACGGUCGGGCCACGUGGCGAGUGCCGACGAGGGUGGCCUACAUCGCAGCGGCAACGGCGACGACGAGGGUUUCGCUGAGCACGGGACGAGCACCUAUCGCAAGCGCCUCAUGACCUUCGACAUUGACGACCCGCUGCACAGGAACUUCCUGAAGGCUGUCCAGGACCGUGAGCCUACCGUCGUUGUAGUGGAGCCGGUACAAGUCGUGGCAAACGGCAAGUUGCCGUCCAGCCAGCAAAACGGCGCCACCGUCACACACCUGGAUCCAGGGCUGUACACAGAUGAAUCAGUGAAAGAAGCGGGGGAGUCCGACGUGCGGGGCAGCACUUGGUCUGACUGCUGCGACCCCAGCUCGGUGUGCCUGCCGUCGAGAAGGCGCCGCAAUGCCAGCUUCUUUGGCAGCACCGAAGAGCUCAACCGUGAGCGCAGCCGCCAGGAGUCGUCGGGCCACUGCGUCAUACACCCCUGCAGCAUCUUCAGGAUUUAUUGGGACCUGUGCCUGACAGUGCUGCUGGUGGCCAACCUAGUGCUCAUUCCUGUGGACGUGGCCUUCUUCGCCGACCCCGGCGAUCUCUACUGGAUGGCCUUCCACCUGACGUCAGACGCGAUAUUCUUCGUGGACAUCGUCUUCAACUUUCGCACCGGCGUGAUCACAACCGAAGGUGUGGAGCGAGUGAACCUGGACCCGAAGUACAUCGCGCGUCACUACCUUCGGACCUGGUUCCUCCUAGACUUCCUAAGCACGGUGCCUUUCGACUACAUCUGCGUGCUGGUGGAGAGCGCUUUCAAAAGCCUGCGGCAGCCGGGCGCCCUGUCCGCCAUCCGGCUGCUGCACCUCGCCAAGCUGCUGUGCUUGCUCAAGCUGCUCAGGCUGUCCAGGCUAUGCAGGUACCUCAGCAGCCUCCAAGAGCACACGUUUGCAUACUGCUCAACGGUAUACCUGAGCCUGGCAAACAUGGUAGGCCUGAUGCUGCUCAUUGCCCACUGGAAUGGCUGCCUGCAGUUCUUCGUAGCCAUGAUGCAGGGAUUUCCCGAGGGCAGCUGGGUACAGAGAGACGGCAUCCAGCACCGACCUCUAUUUGAGCAGUAUUCCUGGUCCAUGUUCAACGCACUGUCUCAAAUGCUGUCCAUCGGGUACGGACAGAAUGCACCGGCCACAGUCGUCGAUAUGUGGCUCGUCACUCUUGGCAUGGUCACUGGUGCCACUGGCUACGCGCUUCUUAUUGGCCACGCCACAACGCUCAUCCAGAGCCUGGACUACACCAAGCGGUUGCACCGUGAGAAGAUGGAGCGCGUGGAAGAGUACAUGCAGUACCGACGCAUGCCCAAGGAGCUUCGGUUCCGCUUGCGCAAUUACUUCGAGCAUCGGCACGAAGGAAAGGCUUUCGACGAAGAUGCCAUACUGGCCGAACUUUCACAGCCCCUCAAGAGGAGAGACGUGAUGAAGCACAACUGCCGGGCCACGCUUCGAGCGGUGCCAUUCCUGUCGCACGUGGACCCGGGCUUCGUGAGUGACCUGGUGACCAGGCUGCGCUACGAGUUCUUCCAACCUGGUGACGUCAUCAUACAGCAGGGGUCUGUGGGCCGCAAGAUGUACUUCAUCCAGUCGGGCACCGUCAAGCUGCUUCUCGACGGCUCACAGUUCCUCGGCACACUGUCCGAGGGCAGCUACUUCGGAGAGAUCUGCCUGCUGACCAAGACUACAAGGAACGCGAGCGUCAUAGCGGACACCUACUGCGACCUCUUCUCUCUGUCCGUGGAGAACUUCAACGAGGUGCUGCUCCAGUACCCGCUGAUGCGCAGCUCGCUCGAGGCCACCGCGGCUCAGCGCAUCGCGCACAACUCAGCAUUCCGCGCGUGCGACAGCGAACAUUUAUGAAGGUCGUCCGUCGCCCGCACAAGUCACAAGCUGUCACAUUUGUUAACGCGGCAGCAGCGAGAAACUGUGUGCUCAGUGCCAAAGAGGGACCAGUAUACGAAAAGCGAGGCAAGGUCUGGUCAUUGUUGUCUUGCGGUUGCGACAAAGGUUGCGCCCGACAACAGUUGUUCUUACCGAGCGAGUUGGUGCAGGGGGCUGAUUACGGCAUAGCGCCUAGAACUAAUGACAAUACAAGGAGGGGGGGGGGGGGGGGGGGGCAGGAGACGACGUACGGAUGUCGAUUGUGCGGCUAAAGUGUCGUUUUCCUUCCUGUGUCUUGCCAUUGGACCUAGGCUGUGAGAUGUAACUUGCGAUCAACCUUUGCUCAUAUCUGGUCCUUUGUACUACUGUUGGUUCGGUUUAAUUAUCUUGUGUAUUAUAUUGCGUCAUUCUUGCCCCUUUUAUUUUGUACCGAUCUCGAUCGAAGGAGGAGAGCACGUCUUUCAUCUCGUCGCCAAUUUCACGCAAGUUCCAGCGGUGGUUCAUAGCCCUUUUCUUUUUGGUCAUUUUUCACGAGACGAUGUUUCAAGGUCUUGACAAAGAGACAAAAACUAGUCAUUGACAAGUGGUUACAAUAUGUCGAGCGAAGUGGCCUCAGUGAUCUUGCAGUACAAAAUCAGGCCAGUGCACGCAAAGGAACACAAAGCAAAAGUCUAGCUAGCACUGCGCUCGUCCGAGCCUCGCAUGCCGCAAAAAUGUGUAAGUCAUAAAGCACUGCACGCAACUAAGCUCGUAUGGGACCUCUCCUUGAACAGGACACCCUUUCAUACAGUCUUUGUCCUCGUGAAUUUUCCUUGCUUUUCGCGAUUCCAAAAUUGGAGUACGAAGAGGACCACAAGUGUUUCGACUGAGGUCGUAAUACGGUCAGUGAUGCGUCGCCGCUGUUUGAUGGUGCAUUAUUGUAAGAUAUUUGCACGAAUAUUACGUAAAUUCCUUAUUAUUUUUCAGAAUUUCAGAGAAUGAACUUCACCUAAGUUCAGAGCUAUGCUUCGAAAAUACCAGCGAGGUUACUUUUGCCCUCCAAAUAUUACCUCUCAAGGCUGAGAUAAACUCUGCCAAUAAGUGACUGAGCCUUGCUGGAAAGCUCACAACACACAAUGAUGCAAAGUACAGGUAUCCAAACGGCGACCGGUGAACUCAGGCGUAAUGCAAAGGAACGAGGUCGAUGGCACGCAUUGGUCUGGCUACAGUAAGAAAGGGUGUCCGGAAGUGCAGCUCUAAUGGCCCGAUCUACAACAGCGACAAACGCCCACCCAGCCUCCUCACGACAUCUUCUAUAUUUGUAAUCACGUGAUAUUCGUGAAAAUUAUGACCAAUUAAGCUCUUCCUGCAAAUUCUAUGCAACCCUAAAUUGUGUUGAAAGAUGCAGCACUCUGUGAUGGCUAAAUGUUCAUUGUCGUGAUCGCAGAAUCCACGUUCGCGACAUUAGGAUACACGUGCAACCGUGUAGACACAAGAUUCGUUACGUGUGUGUAAAUUGUACAUAUGUCGGAGAAUGCCCUGCAUACAUGCUAAGUGUCCGGGUACAAUUCAUUCCUGCUUCACUACUGCCAAGUGCAAACCACUCUGCGGACUUUGGUGCUCAAUAUUUCAAUGUGCCUUAGACUGGCGUGUCGAUGUACAAACAGUUGCACUGACGUCACGUGCAUAAAAGAAAAUCGGUGAGGUUAAAUCAAACAUCGUCGCAUUUGACUGGUAGGACAUAUAGCAUAAUGAGGAAGCAAAUAAUGUGUCGUGGUGAAACAGCCUACCAGACAUAACGAGGAAGGGAUGACAUUAAACUGGGCAUUUACCGGGGCAAAUUGUUCGUUUUAUCAAUAACGUGGCAGACGCUCUUCGUUUUUAGUUUUCAGUUCACUACAUUGCGGUAUUGUAAAUGGCGUCCGUCAGCGAGGUUGUUCGCUUCAGUUUCACUGCAGUGUCUAUUCUUUCAUCAAGUUGUCAUCACUGUGCGGCAGGUUUAGAUAAUUGCAGACGGUUUGUCGAAAAAAUGAUUUCUUGGAGAUUGGUCAAACUGCCAUCAGCCUAGCAUUUAUACCAACACCAAUGUAACCUUCGCUGCUUACUGCUGCGAUAUACUCGUAAGGUUCGGCGAAGCGCACAUACGCUCGGUCUUCGUUAAAUGUUUCGAAGCAAUUUCGCGAGUGACGAUCUGCCGCUCAACGCCGUUGCGAGGCUGCCGGAGCACGCCCGGCCAGCCUUACCCGCUAAACUCGGGAGUGUGAGCAGCACUGCCCAUCUCAAUUUCGAGAGUUUUGGGACUAGAAAGUCUUGCAAGGGCUCCGGUCCACAACCCAAUGACAGCUGUGUGGUCACACGAGCCCAUGCUUCGAACUUUUUGACAAAAGACUAGUUAUGCAUCCUCUAAAAUCUUGAAACGAGACAAUCGUAUGGCGCACACGUUACUGUGAAUUCACGGGAGGGAACGCGUCCGCAAGAAACGUGGAGUGUCAGACAGAUGUUUUCUUUUCAUGCAAAAACGCGCUUGCAUCGACAGUCAUCUAUGUUCAUGGAUUUCACUGAUUUCACCAUUUCUCACUAUAUACAUCCAGAAAAUGCCAAUGAAAGCGGAAAUCAUAUGCAUGUCUCUCACGUCUCAUCUGUUGUGAUCGCUGCAUAGAACUGUAUUUGUCAUUCUCAAGUACGUGUAAUAAAUGUCACGAAGUAAAUGUC